GCUUCAUGCACAAGCGGCGGCCGGCACCGCGCCGGGUGCCCGCCUAUACCACCCCCUAGUACCCCCAUUCCGCACCCUCCCCGCGACUCCCGCUCCCUCCCCGGCGCCGUUGCUGGGAUGGCGGGGUGGCGGCCGGGGUUCGGCGCGGUCCUGGGCGCGGCUCUGAUAUCCAGGCUGUGCCUGGCGCUGUACGGCCUGCACCAGGACGCGGCCAUGCGGGUGCGGUUCACCGACGUCGACUACCGGGUCUUCACCGACGCGGCGCGGUUGGUGACUGAGGGGCGGUCACCCUACCGGCGAGCCACUUACCGCUACACGCCGCUCCUGGCAUGGCUCCUCACCCCUAACAUCUACCUCGCCGAGGUCUUCGGGAAGCUGCUCUUCGUGGCGGGGGACCUGGCGGCCGGUGCCGUCGCCUAUCGAACCCUGCGGCGUCGAGGCGCCGAUGCCGGCCAGGCCUGCGUGUGCUGCGCUGUCGCCUGGCUCCUCAACCCCCUGCCCAUGGCCAUCUCCAGCCGGGGCAACGCUGAAGCCCUGGUCGCGCUGCUGGUGCUCGCCACCCUCUACUUCGUGGAGGGGGGAAGCGUAGGGAAGGCCGCAGCCUGCUACGGGCUGGCGGUGCACAUGAAAAUCUACCCGGUGACCUACGCGCUGCCCAUAGCCCUCCAUCUGCAGAGCAAACGCUGCGCCGGGAAAGGGGCGAUGGAUACGGGACACGGCAAAAAAGCAGAGUUUACAUUUGUAGGGUACCUCUGGCAGCUUUUGGUAAAGACAGUGAAUCGCGAUGUGCUGCUUUUUGGAGCAGUUGCCGGAUCUGUUCUGGCUGCUUUGACCGGUGCAUUUUAUUACCUCUACGGCUGGGAGUUUUUGGAGCAUGCCUACUUCUACCACCUGACCAGGAGGGAUAUCCGACAUAACUUCUCUCCCUAUUUCUACAUGUUGUACCUAACUGCAGAAAGCAAAUGGAGUUUAGCCCUUGGGCUCGCAGUAUUCCUGCCCCAGCUGCUUUUGCUGCUGGUUGUGUCCAUAGCAUUUUACAGAGACCUUGCCUUCUGUUGUUUCCUACACACUGCUAUUUUUGUGAGUUUUAACAAAGUAUGCACGUCCCAGUACUUUGUCUGGUAUCUUUGUCUUUUACCCCUCAUAAUGCCAAGUAUUAAGAUGUCCUGGCGUCGUGCUGUGCUCCUUCUUUUCCUGUGGUUUGUUGGACAAGGCCUGUGGCUCACUCCUGCAUAUUUUCUGGAGUUCAAAGGAUAUAACACUUUUGUACUUAUAUGGUUGGCAGGCUUGCUUUUCCUUUUUAUUAAUAGCCUCAUAAUUUAUCAGAUUAUUUCACAUUACCAUAAAGAACCACACGUUGCAAAACAACUCAAGCAACAGUAAUAAACAUGCCAAA